GAAUGUGCUGAUGUACUGUGAUAAGUGUCCUGUAUCACUUCCAGUUGCCAGUGUGUCAGAGAUAUGAUGAAAGUUUCUGAAACUAUCCAGUGUGUAACUGUCACUGCAGCAACAGGUGUUGGUGGUGUUCCUCAGCUCUCCAUUAGUGUGACUCCUCACACCUCCCCUUAAUCUCUGAAAAUUUAAAUACUAUGGCAUCUAAGCCACAGUAUUUAGUACUAUGGCAUACGUUGGAGACGGCAUAGCUAGCAAAACCUAUAGUAACUUGCAGUCAAGCAAGAGAAGCGCCAAUGCUUAUACGAGGUAUGGCUAUUAAAAAAUAAAACUGCUUAUGAGGAUAAAACCAUGUGGUUCACAGUCACACCGAGUGUUAUAUAUUAAAGAUUGGGUAUUCACACACAACUGCUGUAAAUUUCCGAUAAGUGACAUCUUUAGUUCACUGCUAGCUACUGAUUGAAGUGCAUGUGUUUUUGCUAAAGCAUCAGAAAAUUAUUAACUUAAAAGUUAAUAAUUAACUUGAAAUUUUUGGUGAAAUUGAACAAAACAGCAGCCCAGUCUUUUUGUACGUUGUAUGAGGAACACUGCAUGUCACAUGCACGUGUGUUUGAAUGGCAGAUUUUGUGAAGGCAUAGAGGAUGUCCAAGACACUGAACAUUCUGGGAAUCCGUGCACGUCAAAAACUUGAAAACAUUAAACAAAUUGAACAAAUUGUUCGAAAUUAUCAACGACUCAGUAUAAGAAUGAUAGCAGGGAGGAGGGACUUCCGGGAGGCCUCCUGACCAAAGCAAAAUAAAACUGCCCCAAAGUUAGAAUGAAAUGAAGUUAGUGCUAGUUAGUCUAUAUCUGAAAUAUCUAGAAGAGGGCGAGGAGGCCACCGAAAAACAGACAUGGCAAAGAAAGGCUUCACAUGGGGAAAUUGGAACAUCAGCCAGACGGAGGGAAUAUGUGGAGGCAUGGAGGGUCAUGAAGGAAAGCAACAUAAGGUUCCAAACUCUCUACCUACCCUGGCGGAGAGUCUUCCAUGAAGACAUGACAACAACUUAAAACAACAAAGCACCACGACCCUGCUGAAAAAACCAGCAUAGACCAGCAUAGCUGGUUACCAGCAUUACCAGCAUAUGUUGUGUUUUGGUGCUGGUAUGCUGGUCCAAUUCAACAAGCAAUAAGAAAAUUCCAAUAAAUUAUUUACACCAUUAACUACAUUAAAGUUAAGGAUACAUAAAACUUCUUUUGCUCACACUGUCACUCUUUCAGUGGGGUUUUUUUGUUUGUUAAUGUCCAUUAUUUUCUCUGUUAUAUACCACCCAGCCUUUCCCCAUCUGGCCUGCAGCUCUGUCGCUUCCAGGUUUUUGCCAGAAAGCCACUCCCUGAAGCAGACUGAAAAGAAAUACAGAUGGACAAGUACCUGAAUAUUAAAUUGGAGGGGACCUGAGAGUGGAGGCUACAACGGGAGGGUCUGCACAGUGGAGGCCUGAAGGCAGACUCUACUGCCCUUGUGAGGCUAAAUGGUAAAUGUUAAUGGACUGUACUUAUACACCGCUUUUCUAGUCAUAUCGACCACUCAAAGCGCUUCACACUACAUGUCACAUUCACCUAUUCACACACAUCAUACAACACUUAUUCUGUACAUAAGCGCUCUCUAACGCAUUCAUACACACCGAUGCACACACAUCGGGGGUGAUAUGGGGUUCAGUAUCUUGCCCAACGACACUUUGGCAUGCGGACUGGAAGACCUCCUGAGCCACAGCCGCCCCCUGAACAUAAUAUAUUAGGUAUAUAUUAUAAUAUAUCAAUAUAUCAAUAAAAACAAUUAAGCUUGAGAACAAAGGCUGACAAGUCAUCAAUGAAUGCAAGGCAAAACCACAAAAUCAGAAUAUCUAUAUUCAGUUUUGACUUUAAUUUUACACAUCACACAGCAUCCACUAUGAGGUAGCAAGGAUCCCCGGUCCUGAGACACGCGUAGAGUGCCCACACACAGCCCUGACGUCACCAAGAGAAAAGUUAUUUUUCUAGGCUUUGGGAAAGAUUUAUGAGGAUUAAAACUCCAUGACUUAAAAAUAUCCUAUAUAUAUGGAGUAAUAAAUGACUAUGUUUAUAGCUGGAGGUGUCCUGUCAAUAAUUUCACAGGCAUCUCUGUCCUUAUAAUGGUGGCCUGUGGUAAAAAUACUUCUUGGGCCGGAGGGAAUUUUUCACUGCAGUACCGCGAGUGGCCACUGGAAAAAAAUGAUGCAAGGCUGAGCGGCGGCACUGUAUCCACUUCUUAUAAUCCAUCCAUGGUUCAAACUCUGAGCCUUCUUGCUGUAAGGCGACAGUGCUAGUCACCGAAUCACCGUGACGCCCUCUUAUCACUAUCACCAAUCUGCAUUUUCCCGCUAGAGAAGCCUAUCGUGGUCUACAUGUCAAACCCACCCUCUGCAGUCUCACUUGUAUUAAAUCGUUUUUAUUACAUCCGCUAUUCCGUGGACACCUGAACGCAGCAGAGGUACGUCUUUGCAGUGCGCAUGACUACUGUGCUGAAAGCGGGAAGCUGGCUCAAAAUACAGACAUGUUGUAGAAGUUACUCUGCUGUAACUACUGUGCACUUCGGCUAAAACAGUCACUAUUGAAUGAUAACUUUACUACUCUUCACCCAUUUGAAAGUGCCUAACAGCGAACUUGGAGUUAAGAAGAAUUUUUGUGAUUUUAAAUACUAUGUUAGUAAAUACGAUUGCUGACUCAAGCUAGGAGACACAUUAUGCCUUCACUGAAUCUACAUGGAGUGGCAGUGGAUUUCCCUUUCCCCCCAUAUGACUGUCAGAAAGACUACAUGACCAAAGUGAUUGAAUGUCUUCAGAAGAAGGUGAAUGGCAUUCUGGAGAGUCCCACAGGCACUGGUAAAACCCUGUGCCUGCUGUGUGCCACCUUGGCUUGGAGGGAACACUUCAAGGACACCAUCUCUGCCCGUAAGGUAGCAGAGAGGCUGGGUGGAGAGGAGAUGUUCACAAACACACCCCUGUCGUCCUGGGGAACAGCUGCUACAGAUGGCAACACACCAAUCUACUACACUGAUGUCCCCAAGAUCAUAUACGCAUCCAGGACACACUCUCAGCUUGCACAGGUUAUCAGUGAGUUGAAGAAUACUUCAUACAG